AUGGUGAUGAUACGCCUUGUUCUGCUUUGGGCGCUGCUUCUCACUCUCGGACAGUAUACCAGUCAAGGUUCAGACACCGGCACCAAAAGUGGUCUGAUAAAAGACGCGGAUGCUUCAGAGGCUGCUCUCCAUGAUGAUGAUGAUGAUAAAGUUUCAUGUUCUCCCGUUGUGUCUCGUUGGAGUGAGGAAAACCUUGUCAAUGUCUCACGAUUGUGGAAGCUAGAUACCACAGCUCAAGAUUUGCUUAGGCAGCUAGGCAAAGCAGUCUCUGAUGUUGAUCACUGGAAGAACGAUCCAUAUGAAGCGAUCCGAUUCUUGUACCAGUUUGACAUGGAUCUUUCUAAGUCUGAAAAACUCUUCCGGAACAUGGUCCAGUGGAGAAUCGAAGAAAAUAUGGAUACUUUUAUGGAACGAUAUCAAGAACCACCAGAAAUAUUCCACCUUUCUCCUGUUUGCAUGCUGGCAGGGCUUGACAAGGAGGGUGACCCUAUCAUGCUAAACCGGCUUGGCAGUUUUGACGCUUUUGGGAUGCACCAACAAGUUGGUACUAAUGCCAUGCUUGAUGCUGAUUAUUUUUUAUUCGAGCUGUUUUCAACAAGGGGCAAUGGCAUACCCAGCCAUUUGGACUGGCAGCAAUACCAUUAUGAACCAAUGACUGGCAAACGGUUCACACAAUUUACGGUUAUUGUGGAUCUGCAUGGGUUAAGUGUACGUCAGUUCCACCCAGCACUGUUUGGAUUGCUCAAGAAAUCUUCCUAUAUUGGUCAAUACUAUUACCCAGGGCUGGCCAAACGUAUUGUUGUUGUUCGGGCUCCCAAGGUCUUUCGAAUGGCUUGGGGGAUAGCCAAACACUUCUAUGAUGAACAGAGCCUGCGGCUCUUGAAAUUCAUCACCAAUGAUGACUAUCUUGAAGCUUUGCAAGAGUUUGUUGAUCUAGAAGUGCUGCCACCUGUCAUGAAUGGGAAGGGCAAGCAGAUGCCAGGAUACAUGGAGAAAGUCAAGUUGGAAGGAGGUAGCAUUUCUGAACAAAUGCAAACUCGGUAG